AAUGUCACAAGUCAGUAGUGGAGUAACAGCGCCAAUUGUCAAUUCGGUUUUAUUAUUAUAUUCGCCUUAAUCAGACUAAAUUAAACAAAUUGCUUUGAUUUGGCACCGUUGUAAUUACUUACGCAAUUGGCGCAAUUGUGAUUAAUCAGAAGAAAGAGCGGAAAAAAAGAAGCGUCGUUGUCGGAGGAUUUUCGUUACUUUCACAAAAAAAAAUAAUAAUACAUAUAAUAAAAAUCGUGUUGGAUCUUUUGGUUUUCCACGUCCGUUGAAGAAGGCGAAGAAGACAUGGAGGGUGGACCGUUCGAGGAUGCGAGCUUCGAGUACGCCGGACAACCUCUGCCCUCGCUGAAUUCGACUUUGCUGAACAAGAACCAGGACAAUAUGAACGUGCAUUCGAUCCAGGUGAUGCUCGGUCUUCAGCAGCAGCACGACAUGUUCACGAGCAUGGGAUCACCGUUGGAUUACAAAGGUUCGCCGAAGAUGGAGAACUCACCGAUGCACCAGGAGCUGGGUAUGUUCAACAUGGAGAACAACAAUGGGAACCAGGGUGGAGUUAAGAGGAAGAACGAGGACGUGGUGCUUCUGCAGAGUCAGAAUCUUAGUUCCAAUGAGAUUGGGACGACCACCGUGACACCGGCUCCGCCGCCCAAAAAGAACGAUAAGAAGAAGAACGAUAACAACGGUGUCAAAAAGAAGAAGACUAGAACCACAUUCACUGCAUUCCAAUUGGAAGAACUGGAAAGGGCUUUCGAAAGGGCUCCAUACCCGGACGUCUUUGCCCGCGAAGAACUAGCUUUAAAGUUGAAUCUGAGCGAGUCCAGGGUGCAAGUCUGGUUCCAGAACCGAAGGGCGAAAUGGCGCAAAAGGGAACCACCACGCAAAACCGGAUACAUCGCUUCAAAUUCACCUAGCUCGAGCAUCAGCUCGAACUUCAACAACACCCUCGGACCAUUCACGCAAUCCACGAACACCAUCAACAGCUCCGUGCCGGUAGACACCUGGAGCUACCAACCUGGAUACGAACUAGGACAUCUGAACUUGUUGAACUCAUCUCCAGCAAGCAGCUACCAGAGUUUCGGUUCUCCACAAGGCGGAUACUCCUACAUGCUCAACUCGCACGACAAUCAGCUGUUCGCUGCACCGCUAAGGGCCCACGAGUACGGUCCACCCUUGACCAACCAGAGUCCGCCCCUGAACAGAGAAUAUUCGAUGCUUCAAACGCAUUCCCCGAACGCCGAGGAGGCCGCGAUCGGCACCAAAAUCGAAUACGUCAAUCACAUCAACGGCGGAUCACCGGAACGUUACGGAAACAUCUCACCCAAAUACGAUACGAACAUGAUGCACGACAUCAAACAGGAGUACGACAGUCGGAUAAAAGAGAUCAAAAUCGAACCGAACACCAAUCAAACAUACGUGACGCUACCUCCUUUUUUGAAUUAGCUAGAAUUUUUAAUCGAUUCUACUUUUGCGAAUGAACAAUUCGAUCAAAACGCAAACUAAAUCCAUUAAAAAUUCUAGCUGAAAAUCGUCGUCUUUUUUUAAUUAUUUUUUAUUAUUAUUAUUUUACCUUGUCUUUUAAUUUCCCAAAAAAUGCUUUGA